AUGUCGACAGGAGCUGUGCGUAGGAUGUGCAAGGAUGCCGACAACACUAGGCACAAGGCUACAACACGCAAGGCAGCUAUGCGCAGAGUAGCGUUGGCAGGCAGCGCACGCAGCGUGUGUGCAGACUGUGCAACGCAUGUAGGUAGAUCGUGGCUAGACGUUGCAUUUUGGCUCAAAACAUGCUGGAGUGGGUCUAGGACGUGGCAAAACGGUUUUUGA